CUUUCUACAUGAUCGUCAGGUUUAUUGAAAUACGUGGAGUCGUCGUUGAGGUGAUGAACAACCAUCCUGAUUCACUUCCCAUGAUUACUCCAAAAGAGAUCGAAGAACUGAUGGAAGUUUCAAACAUUUUGAAGCCACGAGAAGAAAUUACGCGUGAGUGGUCAGCAGAGAAGUAUGUUACUAUCAGUAAGGUGAUCCCGACGAUAAAUGGUUUAAGGGAAGGGCUGAGUACAAAGAAAACAAAAAGUAACCUAGUAAAUAACCUCAAAACUGAAAUUCGAGAUGAAAUUAAACUGCGUUUUGGUCUGAUGGAAGAAGUGAAACAUUUUGCAGUAGCAACUCUUUUGGAUCCACGCUUCAAGAAAAUUGAUUUAAAAGACCACUCGCGAUGUGCACUAGCUAUUGCUAUUGUGAAAACUCUGUUUGACAGGAAGGUGCAAGCCUCUGCUCUAGAUGGUUCUAAAUCUGAUGAAUCUAGUGAGAAUCUGGCGGGAAAGAAGAACAGUCUGGAAUUAUCAAUUCGGGCGAGACACCACAAAUUGGCUGAGCGGGACCAACGAAGGAAACCGGAUAUAACAGACGAAUUGCCACCUGAACUCAGUCUAUUUCACAUAAAUCCAGUUGUCUCACUCAAAACGGACCCAAUAAAGUGGUGGGUGGAUAAUAAAAGUUCAUACCCCACACUCACAUCAAUUGCUUUAAGAUACAUCACCAUUAUGGCUACUUCUGUUCUCUCUGAAAGGCUUUUCUCAAAGGCAGGAGAGAACAUGACUGCCAGGAGAAACCGGUUAUCCGGAGAAAGGCUCCACAAGCAACCAUUCCUAAGCUCAACUGAAUGUAGCUGGGCAAAUAAACAUUGUAUCAGGAAAUGCGGAAGGAGAAGAACGUUAUCCUCUUUUUUCAUGACAAGUCCGAAAAGUUCUUGUACUAUUUAAAGAUAAGCAAUACAUUUUUUUGUAAAUGAA